UAAAAAUAAAAUUCAUGCGAACUGAGCUUCAUGUUACUCAGUGAAGCUUAAAGCUCAGAACAACCUGCAGAAUGAAAACUGUCAGAAACCACAGGAACAGGGAAGUUUCCCACUUCUCCUUUCUCUGAAAAAGACUUACUGGGAAUUUCACAAGACACGAUGUGGUAACUUCAGGGUUCACUGGGUGUGAUCCGACGUCAGGCGAAGGAAGAAAAGCUGGAUGAACAUCUGGAGUAAAGCUCAGACGCCUCGGUCCUGCUGCAGGAGAAAAGGAAACAGUCAAUCCAACUGCGAGCUUUUGUUUUGGAAUCCUCUCAGAUCGUGAGUGACUCAGCUGCAUCUUCAUCAUCAUCACCGUCAUCAUGGCUGCAACGUUGACGAAGACGCUGGCGCUCUUCGUUCUUCUCUGGGCUACAGGAAGCUGUGAAGUCCGAGAUCUGUCAGGGAAGCAGUUCACUUUUCCCAAUGACCCCCAGGGUGUGAACCAGCCCCACGUGGCUCUUCAUGUCCAAACCAAGUCCAUCUCCAUCAUGACGGUCUGCCUUCGCUUCUUCUCCCAGCUGAACCGGAUGCAGGGACUCUUCUCUUUGGCGACUGUCGACCACCAAAACGCUCUGAUGCUGAAUAAAGACAACGCUGGAUCAUACAAGGUCCACACAGGCAGCGAAUCCUACGUCUACUUAAAGCUCCCGACCAAUCAGCUGGACUGGAACUCGGUCUGCUGGACCUGGGACUCCGGGACGGGGCUGACCCAGCUGUGGCUGAACGGGCUUCGUACCUCUCAGAAGCUGGUGGGAAAGAACUACCCGGUAAAAGGUGAACUGAGCAUCAUCAUCGGUCAGGAGCAGGACGAAUUUAAAGGAGGCUUCAAAACGGACGACUCGUUUGAAGGGGACAUCUGUGACCUUCACAUGUGGGACCACAUCGUGUCUGCGUGUGACAUCAGGUCCUACAUGAAUCAGGGUUCCUUCUCUCCAGGGAACCUCCUCAACUGGAACAACCUCAACCACACAGUGUCAGGGAACGUCUUCAUCCAGGACGCUGACUUUGAGGAACCGGUCUGUCAGUGAUGUGGACGUCCACGGUCAAACUGUCAAAACAAAACAACCACAUCUAUAUUAAUCUACAAAUUAUGUUUAUUGUGCUUUCAUUCAUAAUCUUAAUCCAACAAUGAAACUGGAAAUGUUCUGUAAACUGCUGAGUCAUUAUUAGUGAACCACCAGGAUCUUGUCUUGUCAUGUUAAACAGCCAGGCUCACUGAGCUGAGCAGGAACAUGUCACGUCUCCACCGUGUGUCAUGUUAAACACAGCUGCUAAUAAAAAUCAAAAAUUCUGAUUUAA